AUGCUGAGAUCAAUUCCUUGCAAAUUAAGCGGUGAAUCGCUUAGAAACAAGUCGAAACUGAAUUUCUCUCUCGACUUCACAGACAAGGCGUUCCCAGCCAAGUCAGUUCUCCCUCGGCCCCAGGCUCAGAUUAUAGAGAGACAUGACUCCUACAUGAGGUCCCUCACAACAAUUGUCCUCGUGUGUAUAUUGGUUGCCAAGGCCGCAUCGGGUAUUAGGAUACCAGACUGGGAAACCUAUUUUACUCUCUGUGCUCUGUUUGGUAUUUACUACACUCGACAGCCAACUGCAUACAUUGCCAUGUGA